UUCCACCAAAUAUUUUUGUUGUUGUUGUUGCUACAUUUGUUACUGAACCUGGAGGCUAUUUCUCGCAAAGGAGGAGGAGGAGACCGGGGGCAGAUGGGAGGGAUCAUCGGCACGGUGACCCAGUUCACCCCGCAGACCCAACCGGAGGACCAAAGGAUGAAACCAGCGACACGUCCGACUACGACUGGGAGUCCUCACAUCCAGUUUGCGUGUCCUCUCCGGCUGUAAAACAGCAGACUCAGAGUGUGCGCGUGAGAGAGAGAGAGAGAGAGAGAGAGAGAGAGAGAGAGAGAGAGAGGAAGGAAGAGGGAGGGAUUGAAAGAGGAAAGUAGAUAGGAGCAGGAGUUUUAGUUGUCUGAACAUCUAGAUAUCUGGCUGCAGAGAAGAAGAAGAAGAAUUUGGAUGUAUGGAAAAUGACCUGAUAAAGACCUAAAAAGCCCAGUAGAAGAAGAGUGGAGGACAGGGAAGAGGGGAACGAGAGGAUAAAGUUGUAUUUUCUAACGGGACAGGAAGCCUGACCUGCAGGAAUGUUGCCGGUGAUCCUGACCGUUUACCUCAAUGACACCCAGCAAAUGCUAACUGAGGUCCCAGUUACCCCGGCAACCAGAGUGAUUGACGUUGUCGAAUACUGCAAAGAAGCCGGGGAGGGGGAGUGUCACCUCGCUGAAGUAUGGAAUGGGCAUGAGCGAGUUCUCCCUCAGGAGGUGUUAUUGUUGGAUCUACUCCAGCAGUGGGGAGCCAGAAGGCCGGAGGUCAGCUUCUACCUCCGACACUGCCCCUCCUGGACACAAGCAGGAAGUCCGCAGCCUUUGGAGCAGAGCUGGACUACAGAAUCAACAGAGAGUGCUAAUGACAAGGUUCCCCGUGUGGAGCUGACCCUCUCCGAGCUCCAGGAAAUGGCCACAAGACAACAGCAACAAAUAGAGGCUCAGCAACAGAUGUUGGUCGCCAAGGAGCAGAGACUGAGGUACCUUCACCAGGGAGGCAGAUCUAAUCAGGGGCAGACGCAGUCUGAAGCUGAGAAGCUGCAGCGGCUGAAGGAGCGAGUGGAGACUCAGGAGGCCAAGCUGAAGAAGAUCCGAGCCAUGAGGGGACAAGUCGACUACAGCAAACUGAUCAACGGGAAUCUCUCUGCAGAGAUCAACCAUGUCAGCAGCCUGUUUCAGGAGAAGCAGGCGGAACUGCAGUCCGCUGUGGUCCGAGUCGACCAGUUGACCCAGCAGCUGGAGGAUCUGAGGAGGGGUCGCCUUCAGCUGCACUCGGUCGCACCGGCUCAGGGGUCACACACCGGGUCCCAGGGGAAAGGAUCACCCCUGUCCGGUCCCGCGGCCCUGGAGCUGAGGAAACUCUACCAGGAGCUGCAGGCUCGCAACCGCCACAACCUGGAGCAGAGCGGCAAGCUGGCCCAGAACAAGGAGCUGCUGAACAAGAGGAACGCCCAGGUGACGGUGAUGGACCAACGCAUCGGAGACCUGAGGGAGCGACUGCAUAAGAAGAGAGCAGAAUUGAGCCGCAUGAACGGAGGGGGCCCGUCCUCGCCGCAGACCUCUGCCCACCCAGGUGCUGGAGUUUCGGGGCGAGUGGCGGCCGUCUGCCCUUAUAUCCAGGUUCCAGCGGAGGGGAGACAGGAGGCGGGUUACACCCUGCCAGCUGACCCACCGCCCAAACCCACGCCGCUCAGCCACAUCCGCUCCCUCUCAGCUAAUGAAGCGUCGUGGCCUAGCAUCAGUAAGAAUGCGUCGGAUUGGAGCACCAACCGUCCAGAACAGCUUCCCUCUGGUUAUGGUACGUACCCCAGUGCCACCCACCAGGUGGCAGGGCAUCACUGUACCACCAGCUCCCUGCCCCGUUCUGCCCCUGGUACACUGGGCUGGCCCCGAUCCAAUGCUGCAAAUGCCUCCUCAUCCUCAUCGUCUUCGGCUUUGCAGCAAAUACAGCAGCGGAUCUCCGUCUCUCCAAGUUCAUCUCAAGGCUCCACCUCCCAGCCAGCUCCCUUGUCCCCGCAAACAGAGCGAACAGAUCCCCCUCCAGCAGUGGCUGUACGUCCCUACGUCCCGGACCACCCCUCCAGACCCCAGUCCCCCAGGAAGGGCCCCGCCACUAUGAACAGCAGCUCCAUCUACAGCAUGUACCUCCAGCAGCCUCAGACCAAAAACUAUGGCUCUCUCAGCAACAGGACUACUGUCAAAGCCGUCUACGGUAAACCCAUCCUCCCAACCUCCUCCACUUCUCCGUCCCCUGUCCCUUUUCUCCAGGGGGGAGGAGGAGGGCGAGCAGGAGGAGAGGAUGUCACGGAUAAAGAAGGAAGGAAAGGAGGAGGCGAGAGCAGCGAUGGGCAAAUCCUCCCACCACCCACUGUGGACAACAUCCCUCGUCCCCUCAGUCCCACUAAGCUCACCCCAGUUGCCCACUCCCAGCUGCGUUACCAGAGUGACGCUGACCUGGAGGUUCUUCGCCGUCGCCUCAGCAACGCUCCACGACCCUUGAAGAAGCGGAGCUCAAUCACCGAGCCUGAAGGCCCACAGGGGCCAAACAUCCAGAAACUGCUGUACCAGAGGUUCAACACAUUGGCAGGAGGCAUGGAAGGAGGCUCAGGCAAUACUUUCUACCAGCCGGACUGCCUUUUGGGGGAAAUGGACAACAUCCAUUCGGCAAAUGGAAACGUAGAACCUGGUGAAAAGCACGCCAGCGUGGGAAACGUGGUGGGCGAGGUGCAAAACCUGAACGCGAACUCCCGCCGCUUGUCCCCUCCUUCUGUCGCCAUAGAAACCCCCAAAGAGACGACGGCAAAAGCAGAUACCACCGUUACUGUUUCUCCGCCGGCCCAAACCAGGUCGGCCUCGGCACCCGAGAGGCCAGAGGACCAGAACAAUAACAACAAGAGAGGAUCUAGUCCUGCACAGAACUCUGUCGGCCACGCCUCCCCUUCUCCGUCACCACCCACACCCCCUUCACUGCCUAAGGCGAAGCGAACCAACCUGAAGAAGCCGUCGUCAGAGCGAACAGGCCACGGUCUGAGAGUGAAAUUUAACCCUCUGGCUCUGCUGCUGGACGCGUCGUUGGAGGGAGAGUUUGAUCUGGUGCAGAGGAUUAUAUAUGAGGUGGAAAAUCCCAGUAUGCCCAACGACGAGGGCAUAACUCCUCUUCAUAAUGCCGUCUGCGCCGGCCAUCACCACAUUGUUAAGUUCCUGCUGGACUUCGGAGUCAACGUAAAUGCAGCCGACAGUGACGGAUGGACUCCUCUGCAUUGUGCGGCCUCAUGUAACAGCGUCCACCUCUGUAAGAUGCUGGUGGAGUCGGGGGCCGCCAUUUUUGCCACAACAAUCAGCGACGUCGAAACUGCGGCGGACAAAUGUGAAGAAAUGGAGGAGGGCUACACACAGUGUUCUCAGUUUCUCUACGGUGUUCAAGAAAAGUUGGGUGUGAUGAACAAAGGCUUGGUCUACACCCUCUGGGACUACACGGCCCAGCAAGCUGACGAGCUGUCCUUCAGCGAGGGGGACGCCCUCACCGUGCUGCGUCGGCGUGACGACACGGAGACGGAGUGGUGGUGGGCGCGGCUUAACGACCACGAGGGAUACAUACCCAGAAACCUGCUGGGGCUGUAUCCAAGGAUCAAACCCAGACAACGCUCACUGGCGUAAAGCCCAGAUUGGGAGCCACGUGCACGCUCGCGGAGGGCGCAUGCACCCGGAGCAGAAGAGGAGCAACGGCAUGUGGACGUGAGCAUUAGCCGGGAAAAAAAAGAACAAAGGAUGGAGGUAGUCGGGAGACAGACGGAGGAAAACAAAGCCGGAGCGCACGACUCUAAUGAAGCAACGUUUUCCCUGUUCGUUUGGAUGCCAUGCUGGAACCACAGAGCCACUUUAUGGUAGAAUCAUAAAUAUAUAUUUUCACUCAGUUGCAGCAGUAAAAAAAGAAAUUGCCUGGAUCUUAUUUAAAGCAACAGUAGUUUUGGCAACUUCACACGAGUUCAGCCGCAUGAGAGAAGCUGAAUAGAAAAGAAGACAAAGGAACGAAUAUCUAUCGCUUGGUAGCAGCUUUGGGCUCUUUGAGUUCAGAACAUGAAAGCAUGAGCUUGGAUUCUACAAGGCCUCUAUCUGACACUCAUCCCAAUAACCCCACUUUAUUUUUGUACGGUGUUAAUUCUCAACACCCAGAUGGAUCUUCGUGAAGCCAAGCCCAUCCGACCGCAUGGCAAUGAACAUGUCGGGGGGGGGGGGGGAGAAUGUCACACUGUGUGGUGAGAAGCUUUAAGUGCAGUACAGUUACAGGCUGUACAGGCUCACACAUACUUUCAAUGGGAAGUUGGUAGGGAGGAAGGUGAGAGGAGAGAACCGGAUAGAGCGACACUGAAUGUGUGUUAAAGGAAGUGUGGGUUCAGGUUGUAAGCGGAGCAGCUAUUAGCAGUGUUGGUUAGGAAUAAUGAUGGAAGUCCAUCCCCCUAAGACUAAGAAACUAAAUGCAGCCAGCUUUUGAUGCAUGGUGGAUCUGGUCCACAUCAACCCACGCAAGCACGAAAAGAUGCUGACAAUAGCAUAAUAUCAUGGCAUGGUAAAGAAGAAGUUUUUGUUUGAACUGACAUCAGAAGAAUAUUUCGAUUCAGAUGUAUCACAAAAUGAUAAAAGAAGCAUCUGUGAAUGGUUAGGGAUGCCUCUCAACCCUUCAUGAUAGUCUAUUUAAGUUGACUCAGCGGUGGUGCAUGCACGUCACAGCAACAUCUGUUCAACGGCAACAUGGUUGCUGCUGCUGCGAGAGGAGGAAAUGUGGAGGAAAGAGGGAAAACAAGAAAGUGAGAAGCGUGUUUGUGAAAGGAUUUCGUGAAACCAAAGCAGCUACAACAUGAGGAGGAGGAGCAGGAGCAGGAGGAGGAGGAGGAGGAGGAGGAUUUGAAGAGACAGCAUUUUCCUCAUUUGUAAUCAAACUUCUGCCAGUUGUUUACCCAUUAACAAGAUACACCUAGUCCAGACUAGGGCCUGGCACAUAUUGGCCCUCAUGCCGGGUGGUACGGGUACCAGGCUCUAACAUUAACAAUAUUAUAAAACCGCUCAGCACAUUUUAAACAAACCUGAGUUUAGAAGGUUGAAAAUGGUAUGUAUACAUUAUCCCUGGGCUAACUGCUUCGGUGUUAAAAUGGGGCGCAAUUAGCCGAGAGUGGUGACGCCACUCACUGCUGCCCCCCAGUGUACAGAAAGGGUUCUGACACAAAGCCUCGUUUCCUUUCACCUGCUGCGUGUUUGAAGUGUGAAUGGCACGUUGGUGUGAGGAGUGGAGAACCAUUCAUUUCAUUUGUGUAUAUGCAACCUGUAACUAUUCAGUUAAUGUAUUAUAAUAAUAAGAAUAAUAAAGAUAUUAUAAUCCCUA